UUGAAUCCCUCCGAAUGCCGACCCAUAUUGCGUGGACUGCAACGUGUGCCCGUCAACUUCGCUGUUCGAACGCGCGUCGUCUACCAUCAUCAUUCAAAGAGUGAAGUCAUGGCGCCUACAUCAAUCCUUUCACCUUUGCGAGCUCCGAACCGAUUGCACAGUAGCAUUGGGUAGACGGCGCGUACAGGGCGCGUGUCCUGAAAUGGCAAUGCCGAGGGUCGGAAUCAUCUUUACUCCGAGAUGCCUAUCACAGUACUCCAUCGCAGAAUGCUGCCAACAAUUGUAUGAUAUACUUACAUCCUCGAAGUCCACAUGCAGAGAAUACCGGGCUACACGUCAUAAAAAAGAGGGGCACAAUCCAUCACCCCACUACAGCUGUCCACCAUGAGACACACGCGCGCAACGCUUCCGACGCCCAUAUCCACCAAUUCUUUCUGGCACAGCGAGCCAAAUGAAUUUCUCAUCGGCCAUCGUACCACGGAAGACCUCCCAGCUGAGGCUGACAUAGUCAUUGUCGGGAGUGGUAUAACAGGCACGUCUGCGGCAAGAUUUCUAGCUGAAGAUGAGCGGGCAAAUGGCAAGAAGAUUGUCAUGCUAGAGGCGCGGGAAGCAUGCUGGGGCGCUACAGGCAGGAACGGUGGCCAUUGCCAACCCCUACUCUGGGAUCGUGGCGCCGACGUCGCCUACUUCGAGCUCAAGAACGUCCACACCGUCCGUUCUUACAUCGAAAAGCACAACGUGCCCUGCGAAUGGCGAACUGUGUCCGGCUGCCGCCAGUUCUGGACGCAGGAAGUGAUGGCCGAAGCCGAGAAAGAAAUCGCACACCUCAGGACGAUCGCCCCAGAAAUCGCCUCCCAGCUCAAGAUCAUUAAAGACAAAGAUGAACUGGCACGGCACCGCGUGAGCCCCGAUUGCAUCGGCGCAACUCUCACCCCGGGCGCGGGCAGCCUCUGGCCGUACAAGCUCGUCACCUUCAUCCUGGAGAAUCUUGUCAAAGAAGGCCGCCUGAACCUCCAAACCACCACCCCCGUCACGGAACUCUCCUCCGGCGCCAACUCCCACACGCUGCACACUCCCCGCGGCACCAUCACCGCCCCCACCGUGAUCCUCGCAACGAAUGGCUAUACCUCCGCCCUCCUCCCCACCUUCGCAGACCUCAUCGUCCCCGUCCGCGGUGAAAUGAGCGCUCUCUUCCCACCCGAGGGCUCCUCCAUCCUGCCAGACUCCUACGGCAUGGUCGCUGCCCUGGGCCAGCCCGCGAACGCAGACGACUACCUCAUCCAGCGGCCGUACAGCGGGGUCCCGAAUCCCGCGGGCCACCUGAUGUUCGGCGGCGGCCGCGGAGCAGGCAAGUUGCCUACGAUCGGUGUGUCGGACGACACGGUCAUCGAUCCCGAUUCGGCAGCGUAUCUGCGGAGUGCGUUGCUGAAGGUGAUGCAGCUUGACGGGGCGACCGCAGGCGUGCAGGAGCUCAAGGCCGCGGCAGAGUGGACUGGUAUCAUGGGGUACUCGCGGGACGAUCAUCCGUGGGUGGGAAAGGUGCCGGGGCAGGAGGGGUUGUGGCUUUCCGGAGGAUACACGGGCCACGGGAUGCCGAAUGGAACGUUGUGCGGGAAGGCAAUUGUGGAUAUGGUGCUUGGGGAGGGUGCUGGGGGGGACCUUGCAGAGGUUCAGGCACGCCUGGUUGAGCAGGGGGAUAUUCCAAAGAGCUAUCUAAUCACGCCGGAGAGGUUUGUGAAGGCGAGGUUGUGGCCAACUGUGGAGCAGCAAGAUAGCGGGGGUGUACAUAUGAAUGGUGUGGUGUAGGAAAUACUGUCGUGAGCAGUAUCUGGAACUGAUGCCGGGUAUACACUGUCGGAUGGUGUACGGAAGGCACCUCUGGGUACAGCGAGGUGCGCGCUAAUCAUGUAUGCCACUCCGUUGCGUCUCAGCAAUCUACUACGCUUGAACCUCACUUGCUUAGUUCUCUGUACCUGGUCGACAAGCUUAAUCAACUCCCAAUUAUGUGUUGUGCAAGCUGACCCUGCCAACAA